AUGGCCAGCCUCAGCCUCGCGGACCGAGGCCUGAACCACGUCGAGCUCACGCAUCCGCUGCACGCCUACAUGACCGCCGUGGGCACGCGGCCGUCGCCGGCGCUGCGGGCGCUGCGCGCGGAGACCGUCCGGGCCACGGGCCGCAUGUGGGGCAUGAUCUCCGCGCCGGAGACCGCCGGCCUGCUCGCCUUCCUCGUGCAGCUCACGGGCGCGGAGCGCGCGCUCGAGGUCGGCACGUUCACCGGCUACGCGACGCUCGCGCUCGCGGAGGCGCUGCCGGCCGGCGGCGUCGUCGUCACCUGCGAGGCGGACGAGAACUGGGCGCGCGUCGGCGCGCCGUUCUGGGCGCAGGCGGGCGUCGCGGACCGCAUCGACCUGCGCCUCGGCGACGCGCUCGCGACCCUCGCGGGGCUGGAACCGGCGAGCUUCGACCUGUGCUUCGUCGACGCGGACAAGGGGAACUACGGCGCCUACUACGAGCGCGCGCUCGCGCUGCUCAGGCCGGGCGGCCUCCUGGUGAUCGACAACGUCCUCUGGAACGGCCAGGUCGCCGACGACCGGUGCGUCGACGAGGACACCGUGGCCCUGCGGAAUCUCAACGCGGCCAUCCACGGCGACGACCGCGUCAGCGUGGUCAUGCUGCCCGUCGGCGACGGCACGACGCUGUGCCGGAAGCGCAGAUAA